ACACGGCUUGAUUAUAAAAGAAAAGGAAAUUAUAAAUACUUAUAUACAUUCAUUAUCCGUUAUUAUCCGGAAUGUAUCAGCAGGGAUGUAUUUUUGGCAGUGAAUAAGCAGUGUUUGAAAAGUUUUCGUAGUUCCCGGUUUUUUUUUUUGUCUAUCGGCGAGCACACGAAAUUCUAGGUCCCAGCAAUUCGCACUUAUACCCGCGCUACUUAGCUAAAUGAUCUAACACUUAACGCUCGAAGCUCGAAAUGAGGUUUUCAACGCUUCUGCUAAUCACAGUUCUGGGCUUCCUCAUCAUCAUCCAAGUCGAUGGCAAGAGACGCGGCAACGACGAAAAACAAGUAAAAGGUAAGAAAGAUUCCGACGAGGAUUCCAGUCGGAGCUUCUCCUUCGAGAAGAAACCGGAUAAACACAAAUGGAAGAAGCUCACCAGCGAGGAGGAACGCGAGAUCCAAGAGUACAGGAAAAAGAAAGAAGAACUGAAGAACAAGAAGACUUUGGGCUCGGUCAUCGAGGAAAAGAAGAUGAAGAACAAAGCGAGGAAAGAAAAGUUUAAGAAAAACGUCCUCAAGCAUUUCGAAGGUGAAUUCGAAGAGAGUGACGACGAUUCGUCCGAGGAAAUCGUUGCACCAUUGAGACGCACCAAAUUGGCAGGAACAGAUGAUUGCAAUUCGUUUGAGGAUGAUUGCAUGUAGUUUAUUAUUUAUUAAUUAUUCUUAGUUAACACCUAAAAUCCAAGAAACACUUACACAUUCAGAGGAACAAACAGAUUUGGGCAAAAACCCGAAAUUGAAAUGCAUUUUCAACUCCCAUUCCCUUAAAAUCACCUAAACACAAUUUCUAAACACUAAACACAAGUAUUUAAAAU